ACCGGGAGAUACCGGGAUAGGGGAGGGGAUAGAUCAGGAUGGGUACCGGGAUAAAGCCGGGGAUAGACCCUGGUUGAGGCUGGAUGGGCAACGGGGAUGCUCCGGUAUGGAGGUGUGUGUGGACCGCGGCAGCAGGACAGGACGAAUCACCGGGAUACGUCGGGAUAGAGGCAACGAUGGGCACUGGGAACAGAGAGGAGAGGCACUGGGAGAAGAAUAUCCCCCACAGAUUUCUGCAGGGCUAAAAGUUCCUUCGAACAUUAUUGGGAAUUAUAUCCUUAGGAGCAGCCUCAUCUUCUGCUGAAGGGCGUCGGCAUGAACAGGAUCCGGAUUCACGUGUUGCCAACGAGCCGAGGCCGCCUGACCCCGGUGCCACGGCCACAGGAGCCUCUGGCCUGUGCCUUCACCCCCCGGCCCUGCUCCCAGCCCCGCCUGGAAGGGCAGGAAUUCUGCAUCAAGCACAUCCUCGAGGACAGGAAUGCUCCCUUCAAACAGUGCAGCUACGUGUCCACAAAGAACGGGAAGCGUUGUCCCAACGCUGCUCCCAAACCUGAGAAGAAGGAUGGCACCUCGUUCUGUGCGGAACACGCCCGGCGGAACGCGCUGGCGCUCCAGGCUCAGGUGAAGAAAUCCAACCCCGGGCCCGUGGGCGAGACCCUCCUGUGCCAGCUGAGCUCCUAUGCCCGGGCAGAGCUGGGCUCGCAGAGCACAGAGAGCAGCCGGAGCGAGGCCAGCCGCAUCCUGGACGAGGACAGCUGGAGUGACUGUGAGCAGGACCCUGUCACCGUGGAGCAGACAUGGCGUGGGGACCCUGACAGCGAAGCUGACAGCAUUGACAGCGACCAGGAGGAUCCCCUCAAGCACGCUGGUGUGUACACGGCCGAGGAGGUGGCUCUGAUCAUGCGGGAGAAGCUGAUCCGGCUCCAGUCCCUCUACAUCGACCAGUUCAAGCGGCUCCAGCACCUGCUGAAGGAGAAGAAGCGCCGGUUCCUGCACAGCAGGAAGGGAGAGCACGAGGCCAUCGGGAGCAGCCUCCUGACAGGGCCAGAGGGGCUGAUGGCCAAGGAGAGGGAGAACCUGAAGCGGCUCAAGUGCCUCCGGCGUUACCGGCAGCGCUACGGGGUGGAGGCUCUGCUGCACCGGCAGCUCCGCGAGCGCAGGGUCCUGGCCACCGACGGCGCGGCCCAGCAGGCACACACCACGCGCUCCAGCCAGCGCUGCUUGGCCUUUGUUGACGAUGUGCGAUGCUCCAACCCGUCCCUCCCGCUGACCCGGCACUGCCUCACACAUAUCUGCCAGGAUACAAACCAGACGCUCUUCAAGCCAUGCCAGGGCUCAGAGGAAGUUCCCUGCAACAAGCCUGUGCCCGUGAGCCUGUCUGAGGAGCCCUGCUGCCCCCUGCACCUCCGCCUGCCCCCACAGAUGUACGUCCCAGAGCAGGUCCUGGCUGUCCCCCAGGAGCUGGGAGCUGCUCCCACGGAUCUGUACCUGAGUGCAGCCGAGCUCCAGCCCACGGAGAGUUUGCCCCUGGAAUUCAGUGAUGACCUGGACGUGGUGGGUGAUGGGAUGCAGUGCCCCCCAUCCCCUCUGCUCUUUGACCCUUCUGUGACCCUCGAUCCGUCCCUGCGGGACAUGGCCGAGGCUCCCAUCGACAUCCUGGCGCUGGAGGAGCCGGACAGGGGCAGCUCCUCCACCCCUGCGGCCGAGGGUCCUGCGCAGAGUCACCUCCCGUACCAGCCAGGGCCCCGGGAUGAGCAGCAUCCAGAGGAAACAGCCCCGUCCACCCCGGCCCGGGGAGCGGCUGCCAACGGGAGCCUGGAACCGGGGGCCGUGAGCUGA